AUGAGCGGAUUUGCCUCGCGCCGGCGUCGUGCCUCACGAGAUGGAGGCAGGCUGCGGGAUCCGGGAGAUCGCGAAGGGCAGUUGAGAGUGGGUGCAGCAGAUGAGAGGCUCGAUGCCCUCCUCGAAGAGGCGCGAGCGACAUCCAUGCCUCCUGCAGUGAAGAGGGUGGGUGGUGUACCUGCGGCGGCUGAUGGCCGGAGAACCUCAGCGGCAGCUGGCAGGGCUGAUGGUGGUCGGCAGCCUCCUCUCGUGGAAAGGCAAGAGCGAGGAGCUGGCUGGCAGGAGACGGACUUCUUGGACCUCUAUUUCAUGGCCGCGAUCCAGGACACCCUCGCGCUGAUGAUCCGGGACAACCUGGAGGGCAAGGGGCUUGGCAGCGGGAGGCAGCGUCAUCGCCUCAGUUUCCAAUUCCGCCGAGAGUGGACAGGAGAGCUGGAAGCCAUUCGGGAGCGCAUCCUUUGUGAAGCCCACUUGAACUUUGAGAAGGAGGUCAAGAAGCUGACAG